AUGCUUGCUCUUAUUCCUCCCGUCUGCUGCAUCGGUGCCCUCGCCUUCCACCGCAGCCUCCCACUGCCCCUCCUACUGCGGGAUCCCCGACUGCGGCGGGCGCCUCCCCUCGCGCGCUCCCUCAUGGCCUUCUCCACCGAUCCGGCAGCGGUCGAAGAGAAGGUGGAAGCGGAGGACGAGGACCUCCCCACGGCCGUCGCCGGCGGCGGGGAUUGGUGUGAUGUGAGCCACGAGGAGUGGCGGCGCUGGGGCACCUCCUCGACGCUCCCGGCCGCGGUGGCCGGUGUAAUCCACGAGCUGCUCGAGAUGGAGGCCGCCGCCGGCGAGAAGAUGCGCUUCGGCGGCGUCGGCUCCAAGCUCAAGGGCAAUUUCAAGGACGUGGAGGACAAGAAGCACAGGGCUGUCUACGAGAGGCUCGCCGACUCCGACCAGAAGCUGCAGUACUUCUCCGCGCGGCAGAUUGGCUGCCGUUUGCUAGGGUGCAGAGGGUAUCUGUGCCAGAAGUGCUGGCUACCAACUGAAGACUGUAUGUGCACAAAUAUUGUUCCUUGCAAUCUUUGGAAGGGGAUGAAAUUCUGGCUAUACAUGCACCCAAAGGAUUUUUUGCGCCAGAAUAACACAGGAAAGUUACUCUGGCAAGUAUUUGGCAUCCAAGCUGCACAGUUAUGCCUCUUUGGUAUCCAAGAGCAUGAAGAUAUCAUGUGGGAUGCAUUUCAGAGUUCAGGAAAGGGGAAGAUCUCAGUUCUAUAUCCAAACAAGAGUAGCACCCCCAAGUCAGUUAAAGACCUUGAAUUUGAUGGUUUGUCCUUGACUGCUGACCUUCAUGAGAGUCUGCAGGAUGAACCUUUCAAUUUUGUUUUGCUUGAUGGUACCUGGAGUAAUUCUGCUGCAUUGUACAGAAGGUUGAAGGAGAGAUGGACUGCAAUAUGGGGAGAUGAAGAUAUACCUUGUAUCGCACUAUCUACACUUAGUGCCUCAGUGAUGCAUAAACUACGACCACAGCCUGCGUGGGAUCGUACCUGCACUGCGGCAGCUGCAGCUGGCCUCCUCUGGGAGUUGAACUUGCGGCCUGAGCUCAGCGCAUUUGAGUUGGAAAAGCAAGCUGAGGCAGUGGAGUGCUCGUUGGAUAUCUUGCUGGAUGCUCUCACUGCCAGGCGGGUUCGUCUGGGCCGAUCAAUCACUCGAAAACAGAGACAUAAUAGAAAUUGCAUAUAG